AUUCCUAAGUUCGAUUGUCACUCGGAACCUACCACGUUAGGACCACGUUGGACGCGAUGGUUCACAUCUUUUGAAUUGUUUGCCGAUGGCAAAGGUCUGAUUAUCACUGAAGGUACAAAUGCAACAACCAGACAACGAAGAAGAGCUAUGCUACUCCAUUUAGCGGGACAAGAUGUGCAAGAAAUUUUCUCUACUCUCGCGAACACCGGCGAAGCAACGGACUACGCCGCCGCUGUAACAGCACUGAAUGGCUAUUUUCUCCCCAAAGUUAACUCCGCUUUUGCGCGUCAAAAAUUUCACCGACUCCAACAACAGCCAGGUGAGACCGUUUUGCAGUUUGUAACCCGACUGAGAAAAGAAGGGAAAGACUGUAAUUUUGGGGCAGACUUUGACAAUCAGAUAAGAGAUGCGAUUUUAUGCAAAUGCAGGUCAGAUUAUGUCAAACGUAAAUUGCUUGAAGAAAGAGAUGAACUUACUCUCACGCACAUUAGAGCUUGCAGAACAGUGUGAAAGUGUAGAACACCAAAUGUCUCAGCUUAGCUUGAGUGAACAGACUACAGAAGCACACAGGGUCUAUGAAAAACCUAGGAGACCAAAAGAUCAACAAAGAAACAAAGAGAGCAAGAACAGAGACAGUCAGUGUCCUCGUUGUGGGUGGAGUGGUCACCUUGGUGGAGAUCCGAAAUGCCCUGCCAGAGGUCAAACAUGUAAAAAUGUAAAAAAGAAAGGUCACUUUGCUAGUGUCUGCAAAACCAAACCAAAGAAGCCAGGAGUCAAUCAGGUGCAAGAAGAACAAAAAAAACCGAUGGGGAGCAAGUCGAUUAUGCAUUCAGGGUCACCAAUAAAGGUCAGUCAAAUAUGCUCAAAUUGUCUGCGGGUGGAGUAGAAUUGGAAAUGUUGGUGGAUUCUGGGGCCACCAAUAACAUUAUCGAUGAAUGUACAUGGGAAGAUCUGUAG